AAUUUGCAUGUUCCAAUGGCAAUUCGAUCGUUGUCUUCUCCAGCUUCUUCGCGCACCCGCUGCAGAACAAUCCAAUCUCUCAACUCUCUCCUCCACUGUCUUGUCAGACUCCGGCCCCUCGCUUCCCGACCGGACCCUCUCCCCCCGCCACCGGAGCCAUCCACGGACCUCGUCAACGAAGUCUCCCGCGUCCUCAGCGACCACCGGAGCCCCCACCAUGACCUCGAGACCUCCCUCGGUCCCUUCUCCCCGCACAUCUCCACCUCCUUGGUCGAGCAAGUCCUCAAACGCUCCAAGAACCUUGCUUUCCCCGCCCACAGGUUCUUCCUCUGGGCCAAGACUGUCCCCGGAUUUCAACACAACGCCAUCAGUUACAGGAUCUUGAUCAACUUACUGGGCAGCAGCAAGAACUUCUCCCUGCUAUGGGACUUUGUCAGGGAGAUGAAAGAUUCCCACUCGGAUGAGCUGAACCCGGAAAUCUUUUGGCUCAUCUUCAUGGCCUACAGCAGAGCGAAUUUGCCCGAUGAUGCUAUCAGGGCUUUCUGUCGGAUGCGCGAGUUCGGUUUUCAGCCUAGUCAGGAUGAUUUCGAUAAGCUGUUGUACGUGCUGUGUAAGAGGAAGCAUGUAAAACAUGCCCAGGAGUUCUUUGACAGGGCUAAGGUCGAGCUUGAUUUCAAGGCAACCGCAAAGAGUUACAGCAUUUUGAUGAGGGGUUGGGGUGAUACUGGGGAACUAGGAGAGGCUCGGAAGGUGUUCGACGAAAUGUCCCGCACAGGUUGUGAAUUAGAUGUGCAGGCCUGUAACAGCCUGAUAGAUGCUUUAUGUAAAGGGGGGAAUGUGGACGAGGCUUAUAAGUUUUUUCAGGAGAUGGGAUCUAAGGGAAUCAAUCCCGAUGCUUGCACUUACUCGAUGUUCAUAUGGGCAUAUUGCGAGUCGGAGGAUAUACACUCGGUAUUUAGGGUUCUUGAGAGGAUGAAGAGGUACAAUCUCGUCCCUAACGUGUACACUUACAACCGCAUAAUAAAGAAACUCUGCAAGAAGGACAAGAUCAGAGAAGCUUACGAGUUGCUCGAUGAGAUGAUAGAAAAUGGAGCCGACCCCGACUCAUGGAGCUACAAUGCCAUCCUAGCUUACCAUUGCGAGCAUAGCGAGGUCAAUGGGGCUCUUAGGUUACUAUCAAGGAUGAAGAAAGAGAAUUGCUCGCCCAAUCAGCACAGCUACAACAUGGUGCUUAAAAUGUUAAUUAGGAUCGGGAGAUUUGACCGGGCUGAAGAGGUCUGGAACAAUAUGGGGAAGUCGGGAUUUUAUCCCUCGGUCUCCACCUACGCAGUGAUGGUCCACGGGUUGUGCCAGAAGAGGGGAAAGCUCGAGGAAGCUUGUAGGUACUUUGAGAUGAUGAUUGAUGAAGGGAUCCCACCAUACUCUUCCACAGUCGAGAUGCUGAGAAACAGGCUCUUAGGCCAUGGUUUGUUGGACAAUAUUGAGAUUUUGGCGGGAAAGAUGGAGAGGAGCACUUCAUGUUCGGUGCAAGAGUUUGCUAGGAUAAUGAGAGGUAAUAAGCUGAGUGUGGGGGAAAGAAGGCAAUACAGUGAUUCUGGAGGAAGCGAUUUCGAUAGUGAUUAGUAUGUGCUUCUUCGAGGUAUUGUUUGCUCUCCCUUCUCAAGGAGGAUACUCCAUUCUUUUGGUGAGCUUUGCUUCUCCGGCAGGGCACAAAGAUCUCAUUCAGUUUCUUCUCCACAUAGAGGCAGACACAAAUUUGGGGACAGGCAUGGCCAAGAAAACAUUGACGAAGCUAAUACACAGUUGGAUCUCUCUGUUUGUUCUUUUUUGUGUUUUAACAAGGAGCAUUGUAACUGUUUGUACUUUGUACUACAAAAUCAAUAUAAUUAUUUAAAAUAUAUA